AUGCUCACGUACAUUGUCGCCCUCGUGGCGUUCGUCGUCUUCUUCUCCGACCCGCUUCUCCGGAUGCUGUCCCCGUCCGGAAGCCAUCGCGUCAUCCGCUCGCCGCGGCCGCCAAUGAAUGAGUCGCUGCUCGCAAUCGAGCACCCCAACGCCACGGUACUAUCGUGUCCUCCAGACACCUACACGGUGCACAUCUUUUCAAAGGAGCCUUUGGUGUUGUACAUCGAAGGGUUCGUCAGUGCGGACGAGAGAGCGCAUCUUUUGGAUGUUAGUUUGACGACAUUGGCUGAGCUGGACAAAAAGCUAAUGUUUAAAAGUCAAUCCCUGUUUGAGCCAUCAACCAUCACCCACGAUGGUGCCGGCGUACAGCGCGACACAUCAAUCAGAGAGUCCGAGGUGGCCAUGAUCCCGCGCACCGACGGGGUCAGGUGCAUCGAAGCCCGGGCCCGGUCGCUGCAGGGCUGGAGAGAGGAGCUGUGGAUCGAGAGGCUGAGGACGCAGCGGUACGUCGAAGGAGGGCACUAUUCGUACCACUUCGACUGGAGCUCGAAUCGCGGGGGCUGGGGGCGGGUGAGCAGCAUGAUGGUCUGGGUCGAUGCGCGGGGCGACGAGGACGGCGAAGAGCUGGUUGGGGGCGGCACCGAAUUCCCGCUGUUGAGCAUCCCGGGGCAGAAGGAGCGAUGGUGUCGCUUCGUGGACUGCGAGAAGCGUGGAAAGACGGCGGCGGCGGCUGAGUCUGAGACGGGGGCCGAUGCUGGCGGCGAUGAAGACAAGGGGGUCGUGUUCAGGCCUGUCCCGGGAAAUGCGGUAUACUGGGAGAAUUUCCGCGCCGACGGGAGCGGGGCGGGAUACGAGGAGACGUGGCAUGCCGGCCUGCCUGUCGAGAAGGGCAUCAAGGUUGGCCUUAACAUUUGGAGCACGGGAAGGAUAGACUAG